GGGGCUCCCAGGAGAGUGAGGAGGCCUCAUCCGGGAGAAGGAGCCGGGAUGGGUGGCCCAGUCAGAACUCUGGUCCCCUCUCGCCUGAGACAACCCCCACCCGCCUCCUCAGGAUGCAGCCAGAGGUGGAGUCGCUGCGAUCCUCCUCCAUGGGCAAUCCCGGCAUGCACAGGGAGGCAGGAGCCCUCCUUGUGGACCCCGAGAUUCCAGAGCAGAUCCAGACCCGAAGCCUGAUCAGACCCACCAAAUCCUCGAAGCAGCACCUGCGACAGGUCAUUGCCGAGUAUGAGGCCCUGGACCGCGAGCUCCCGUGUAUCCGGAAGUUCCCCAUGCCGCCUGCUGCCCAGCCCCUGAGCCUGUGCAUGGAGACCACGCCCGAGGCCGACUUCACCCACCUGGAGGUGCUGCAGGCGCUGGAGGCCGAGCUGCCCGGGGCCAUGGAGAGCGGGCGCGUGAGCAGCAUCCGCUUUGAGAAUAUGAAUGUCAUCUGCGGCACAGCAGGGCGCCGCGAUCGGUGGCUUAUCACGGUCACAGACUUCCAGACUCGCUCGCGCCUGCUGCGCUCCGGCCUUAGUCCCCGCGGGCUGGCGCACCAGCUAGUGCGCCACGACGAGCUGUUGUUGAGCGACUACCGCCUGCAUCUGCGCCGAUCCCUGGCCCGACAGCGCAUGCUCGAGGCCCUGGGGGCGGAGCCGACCGAGGAGGAGUGA